AUGGGAAAAACGCAAAUAUGGGAAAAACGCAAAUAUGGGAAAAACGCAAAUAAGGGAAAAACGCAAAUAUGGGAAAAACGCAAAUAUGGGAAAAACGCAAAUAUGGGAAAAACGCAAAUAUGGGAAAAACGCAAAUAUGGGAAACACGCAAAUAUGGAGAAAACGCAAAUACGGGGAAAAACGCAAAUAUGGGGAAAAACGCUAAUAUGGGGAAAAACGCUAAUAUGGGAAAAAACGCUAAUAUCGGAAAAACGCAAAUAUGGGAAAAAUGCAAAUAUGGGAAUCACGCAAAUAUGGGAAACACGCAAAUAUGGGAAAAAACGCAAAUAUGGGAAAAAACGCAAAUAUGGGAAAUAUGCAGAUAUGGGACAAACGCAAAUAUGGGAAAAACGCAAAUAUGGGAAAAACGCAAAUAUGGGAAAAACGCAAAUAUAG